AUGACGCUCCCCCUCGUCCGGAAUGGCGUACGCGCCGCGCUGCGUACGCAGCGGGUCUCGCUCGUCUCGCCCUCCUUUACCAUUGCGCCUGCCGUUCCGAUGCGCAUGUACUCGGAAAAGAAGCGCUCCAAGUCGCUGCGCAACGUGCGUGCAAACCCCGACUUUCGAAGAUUCCUAGAAGACAAAGGAUUUAUUAGCUCCCCCCCCGAGGCCCCCCGCAGUGCGCAGAACGCGUCUGCGCAUGCGCUGCGCCGUGCGCGUCUGCCGGUCGCCAAGGCCAAAGCGCUUGCACAGGCGAGCAAAGCGCUGCGUGAGCAAGUGGCGCAGGAAAGCGGCCUGGAGCCCCCCCUCCCCCCGGUGCAGCCGACCGCGAGCGGGUGGGACGAUGCCGAGCUUGCAUCUGCGCUCCCCCUGUCGGCGCAGCAUUCGUCGCAUCUGCCCGAGGUCGCGGCGCUCGCCACCGCCCAGUCGUACAACUUUGACGUGCUGCUGAGCAGCGGCCGCCUGCCCGAUACCUGGCGCUGGCUCGAGGACCGCGAAGUGAUCUAUAUUCCGACCUGGCCGCCGCCCAAGCCGUCCGCGCAGGCAGGAAGCGGCAGCGUAUUCGUAUUCCGUUCGGGCUGCUUUGUUACGUGGGGCAUGACGCCCGAGAUGCACUCUGCCUUUUACGACAAGGUCAUCCGCGGCGGCAACGUGCCCGUGGAAGGCGAGCGGUAUACCGUUGCCGGUGACGAGGCGAUGGAGUACGUGCACCUGCCGAACGAGACGACGCGUGUGGUCGGCGACUUGGUCGUCGUCGGCCAGCCGCCGAACGGCGCCGCGCGCAGCUCGCUUCCCCUUGCGCUCGCUGCCGAGAGCGAGGCGUCGAAAAAGACGUCGCCGUCCUUUACGCUGCAGUCGCGCCUCGCGUUCUCGCAAGGUGUCGCGGCGUCUGCGCGCCUGUCUGUGCAAGAGGCGGCGCUGUCCGAGUACCUCGCGAGUGUUUCGCCGAUUCCCUCGCAGCUCGAGGCCGGGGGCAAGGUCCCCCUUGGCCGCCGCGAAGUCAUCCGCAAGCUCGGCACGCUGCUGCGUCUGCGGCAGCGUGUGAACCUCGACCGCGACAACUUUAUCGACGACCCCGAGCUCUACUGGGAAAACAGCCGGAUGGAGACGCUCUACCGCAGUACCUGUACUGCGCUCGAUAUCCAGCCCCGAUUCGAGGCGCUGAACGAGAAGCUGAACCACUGCGAGAACCUGCUCGAGGUCCUGCGUGCGCUGCUUACCGAGGAGUCGAGUCACCGCAUGGAGCUCAUCAUUAUCUACCUCAUCGCCUUUGAAGUGGGUAUGGCGCUCAUCAGCGACGAGUACGUGCCGACGCCGACGGCCGUGUGGCGCUUCCUCACGGACACUCCGUAG